UUAAAAUCAGACAGGAACGGAAAAGCUCGUCCUGGUGUAGAGCUAUAGUCAGUUAGUCCUACUCAGAGUAGACCAGUGGUAAUUAAUGGACAGGGCAGUCUUUGGUCCAGUAAUUUCUAUAGCUAUGCUCUGAGUGGGAUUGACAUUGGAUGACACCCAUAGUUUUUUAAUCCCCAUGUGUCAGUUUAUAUAUUUAUACCCUGGUCCAGAGUCACCCAGUGAAUUUCAUGGCUGAGCAGGGUUUCCAGCCGGUCUGCAACAUUACUUAGUUGAGAUCUUAUCUAAGCCACUACGGCCAUGUAACUACGUGACCCAAAAUUAUGAAAUUGGUCCCCAAAUCCAGAAUCCCCAAAUUUGGAUUCUGAAAAAGUUAAAAGACCACUGUUUUAACUGCUAGAUCUCUCACAAUUGGUGAUAGGGUGAAUUGAUUUUCUGGCAGCAGGGCCAGAAACGAGACAAUGCAUUUACCUGUUUGUAUGAGUUAAUGCAUCGCUUUCUCAAUCCAGACCGUCCGCGGCUGGAAAAGGUUGCUGCCCCCUGAGUUAAUGAAAGCUAGAACUUUGAAGGAGGUGGUUAAACCUUUUGUUCAUGCCUUAUAGUUCUCAUGGUAUGGGUGGUCUGUUUUAGAUCCUGCAAACAACCCUUUACCUUUCAGAAAGGGAGGAUCUUGCAGCCUCUUGCUGCUGCAGAUCAUUCUGCGGCAGCAUAGCAGGACUGUGUCAUAUCAAUGUUGAGCUGUUAGGCUAGUUCAUUUUAUGUGUAGGUCUCCAGUCUGGUUUAAGGCUUUGUUGAGGCCUCCUUCCCUUGGUCUUUUUUCCCACCUAUGAGAAGCAUUUGUUUUUCUGAGCGUGGAUAGGAUGAUUACAGAAUUCUCCAAGGCAUCUGGUUGGCCACUCUCAGAAUGGGAUGCUGGACUAGAUGGGCCCCCUUUGACCAGGUCUAGUACCUGGGCUGCUUGUGCUAAAGCCUCCUUUACCUUUCCAGGUGUGUUUGCUGCCACUGAAUGAUGUGAGCCCAGUAGAUAGGGAGAAGCCUAAACUGAUUUUGGAAAAUCUGGAUGGGUAAUCUGUUAAAACCAUCAGACAGCAGCCGAUGAUGAGCUCUUAAUUUUCUGACACCUCGUAUGAAAACUGGUUGCAGUUUACUGAUUACGAGCACGAGCUGAGGCUUAAAAGCUGGUUUCAGAGAGAGACCUUCCUUGCUCCUGUCUAUUUAGAAAACAAAAUGUAUUACUGGCACUUAAUUCAUUCUUAUUCUUAUUUUAAUUUACUUCAGGAAGCACAUGGGAGAAGAGAAGAAGACUAUGUUGGGAGCAGAAGUGAUCAAGCAGGACACUGGGUUGUGCCAGGCCUUUGUGGAAGCACAAGGGAGAAGAGAAGAGACGUAUGUUGGGAGCAGAAGUGAUCAAGCAGCAUACUGGGUUAUGCCAGGCCUUUGUGAAAAAUGGUCAGCAAACAGAAUACUGUAUGUGGAGUGCCAAUAGGUUGGCACAAACCUAAUUCAGAUUGAAGAAGCUUCAUCGUUAAAAAUUAUUUGUCUGUCAGUACUGCUGCUGCUACUACUGUCUUAACCAGUGGGAAACCACCUACAAUGGCUUCUAACCAGAGAACAAGUCUUGAGACAUCUGCUCACGUGAGCGAUCUAAUUGGAACUGGCAGAGAAUUGUUGCCCGCUGAACUCCCAACUCUGCGAGAUGUUAUGAGGUUAUAUGUAACUCAGCGUCGCCGUACUUUGGAUUGUCCUGAAUACCACCAUUUGGUAGCCAAGCCCAAAACCAAAAGUGCCGUUUGGGUGCAUUUUGGCUUGCCUGCUGAUGAAAGUGACCGUGUGGUGAUUGAUAAUGUCGCCAUUUGUAAGAUAUGUUUGCAUUCGGUAUCUGCGAAAGGCGGAAACACCUCAAAUCUAAGUAGCCAUCUCAAGUUUCACCACCCACAGAAAUUUAGGGAGUUGGCUUCUUCAUCAAGAGACAUUUCCAUCGAUUCGUGUAAUAAAGCUGAUGAUCCUCCAGCUGCAACAACGGUUAGUGCUUCUGAGCCUGCAGUAACGGUUGCAGAAAAUCCUAAAAAACGGCUGAAAACAGCAUUGGAUGUUCAGCCGCUCAAUUCGAAGGCGCCAAAAUCUUGUACUCAGGCAAUCGUAGAAUACGUGGCUACAUGCCUGCAGUCUUAUGACACAGUGGACCACCCAAAAUUUAUCCAGAUGGUUAACACUCUAAACCCAAGAUAUAAGUUGCCCAGCAGAAAAUUCUUUGCAACCAAAGGAGUUCCAAAACUGUAUAAUGACACUCUGGAGAAAAUGAAGAGAGAAGUAAGUCAGAUAAAGGAGACUGAACUGGUCAUCACUACUGAUUGCUGGACAUCAGUAGCAGGCACUCAAUUUCUGGCAGUGACUGUACAUUUCAUAUCAGAUGAGUGGAAGUUGACGAAUGCUUUCUUGGGCUGUAAACAUAUUUUGAAGGACCACAACUCCGAUAAUCUCUGUGAAAUGCUCACAGACACAUUAUCGGAAUGGGGCAUAGAUGUAAAGAAUAUAUUUUGCAGUACAACUGAUAAUGGUACAAAUAUUCUAAAAGUAGUUAGGCAGCUUGGUUUAGAGCACAUUUCCUGCUUUGCCCACAACAUAACUGUUGGGGUUAACCGAGCUUUAAACUUGACACAGCUGAAAAAGGCAGUUACAAGACUGAAAAACCUGCAAAAUAGCAUCAGCCAUAGUUGGAAAAUGAGAAGAGACUUUGCCAGAUCUCAAGAGAUACUUCAGAUGGAGAAAGUUAGUUUGCCAAGUGCUUGUCCCACAAUGUGGUGGAGCACAUUUAAGCUCUGCCAAACGUUUCUUGAAAACAAAUGUGCAUUAAGUGAGAUGUUUCUGGGCUAUCCCUCCAAAAACCAUUUGAUGUUGGAAGAGUGCGAUAUCUCUGCUAUACAAGACUUUGUGUCUGCAACUACUGUGUUAGAGGACAUCACCACGACUGGAAGCAAUGAUAACACUGCUUCAUCUGUUCUGCCAUUUUAUAAAAAAAUUAAGAAAAGUCUCCAGCCUGAUGAGGGAGACGGUGUGCUGCUGCAGGACAUUAAACGUGAAAUUUUGGGUGCACUGUCAGAAAAGUACGAAAGUGCACCUAUGACGACCACUUUAGGUCUAGCUUCGUUGUGCGACCCAAGGUUUCGCCUGCGUUACUUGGAGGCUCCUGAGGCUGUCAGGCAGGAGGCCAUAAAGAAGAUGGCAGACUUGCAUGGGAGUCUGUGUGUUGCUUCUACGGAGCCCAAUACUCCGCCUGCUCUGCCAAAAAAAGGGCUGGCAAAAAUUUUUGAUUUAGAGGAGGAAGAGGAGGACCUGGCAGAAGAUGGAUUAGCACCGUUGUCUGUACUGAAAGCAGAAAAAGAGCUAAGAAGCUAUAUGGCUAUGCCAAGAGUGGACUUCGAUGAAAGCCCUCUGAUAUGGUGGAAGGCACAUGAGGCGUCCUUCCCAAUGUUGAAGGUGCUUGCAAAGAGGUUUCUGGCUAUCCCAGGAACAAGUGUCCCAUGUGAAAGUGUUUCCAGCACAGCUGGCAAUGUUCUUCAAAGACAAAGGGCAUCUCUAUUGCCGGAGAAUGCUGAAAUGCAAAUUUUCCUGGCAAAAAAUGUAAAUUUUGUUUAAUACAUUUUCAUUUAUAAAUAGUUAUCUGUUCUUUCUAGUGUUGCCUGGCUUAGCUUAUAAAAGAAAUGCAAGUUUUUCUCGCAAAAAUUUGUAAAUUUUGUAAAAUAAAAUGUUCGGUAAAAAAAAUCAAUUUUUGACAUCGCAUUGCAAGGGUAAAAAAUUUCUUUGCUCUGGAUUCAGCUGCCCUGCAGAUGCUGGUUGCAAAUAGGAAGUUCAUAUUAAGUGUGCGUGCACCCUAAGGAAAUGAAGAUCUGUGUGAAGGAACUUGCUUUCAUUGGUGUUCAGAGACUUGUUCUAUUGGAAUGUGAUAAACAUUUUGAAUGUCAAAACGCCGUGGUAAAGAGGAGCAUUACAGUGUAUGUAGGUGCCAGGUGCAUCUUUCUGGGGAGGGAGUUCCAAAACUUUGUCACCUGGAAGCUGCCCUUCAUAUGCCACACAUUAGGUUCUUUAGGUGAUGGAACUACCAGGACUUACACCCACAAAGGUCUUUUAGAAAGGAGGCAUACUUUCAGAUCAGCAAAUAGGGAAAUGCAAGUUCUUGUAGGGAGAGUUUUGGUUUUACUUUCCAAAGGCUUUUGAGAACAGAAAACAACGUUUUAAAAAAAGUAUUUUAUUAAGAGGAACAUUGAGGUGGGGGGAGAUAGAAAGCUAUAAACAAGAGGCAGCAUUUUCUUACUACAUUGAUAACACUGUUUUGAGGGUGCUUGGGAACUGGGCAGACCUCUCUUGCUAGGUGGCAGUAAAAGCCAGUCUAUGUAGGAGGCAGACCCAAGUCCCUGCAAAGAGGCAGAGUUUUUAAGUCCAUGCUUCUCUUGCAAAGUGGAGGCCGUAGAAGCCAAGCUGCAGAAUUGUGCAAAGGAGUGUUUGGACCGAGAGCCAGCAGCAGGCAGUCCAGUUGCUUUCCUAAGGUACAGGGUUGGGGGGGGGGAAUUAAACUGGCCCAAUUCACAUAACUAUGUGGCUGGUUUCCUCUGCGAUGCGGCAACCCUUGAAGCUUUUAAGAGAGCUUUGAGCAUGCAAACCGGCUCUGAGGCAAGGUGGUCUUCCUUA